GUCGUAUUACAACUUGGAUAAGUCUUUGCUGGAAGAGAAACUUUCAAGCUGAGGCGCGCUUGAAAAAAAUGGCGUCCGCAACUGCAACGGUGGCCAACAUCGCUUCAGAAUUCCGGCGGCCAGUAUUCACCAAAGUUCCUGUUAAUGGCCGCCGCCGCAAUGCUCUGGUUUGUCUGAACUUCGGAGGCGUUGAAUUUGAAAAUGUACAGGAUAGGCUGUGUACGAGGUCCUCAGUUUCUUAUAGUCCCCUUGUAGUUGGUUCCAGAUUUUUGUCCAGACCGACGGCCAUAGCUAGUUCAGGUUUGGAGGCAGCCAUCACAGAUUACAAAGGUGCUAUAACCUUAAAAAAUGCUAAAAUAGUUGUAGAAUCUGAGGAUGAAAACAAGAUACAGCUAAGAGUGGACUUGACUGGGGAUGAGACGCAAAAGGUAUUCGAUCAGGUUUUGACGAAUCUGGCCCGCUCAGCCCCGCUGAUGCCAGGAUUUCGUAAGCAAAAAGGAGGGAAAACUUCAAAUGUCCCAAAAAGCUUCCUCUUAGAAGUCCUUGGUAAGGAUCGGGUCACAAAGUUCGUCAUACAAGAAAUAUUAAACUCAACUAUGGUAGAUUAUGCAAAGAAGGAAAAUAUAAAGGUGAAGGACAAGAUGGUUAACACAACUCAAACAGAAGAUGAACUGAAAGCGUUGUUCAGGCCUGGAAAAGAGUUUGGUUUCAAUGCUAUACUUGAACUUGAACUUGAACUUGAACCUGAACUUGAGUCUGCUUCAGAGGGUGAAAAUUGAGCCAAAAAGGUCCCCCUUUCCAAAUGAAGAUUUUCUCCGCUUGGUUCUUUCUUGGCCCUCUCUUUCAAAGUUUUGGAAAUAUUUCGUUGAAGGAAUAAAUGUUUAAUUAUCCAUAGUGAUGCAUUGAUCAGUAUUAAUGAGUUCUAGUUACUAACUAACUUGUUUA